GCGAUCCCAGCAACGGGUUAUCAGCAGCAGUAGCAGAAGUAGUAGUAAAAAAAAGUAGUAGAAGUAGUAGUAUAGCCGCAGUAGUAGUGGGAUAGAGAAGGUACAUACCGCACAGCCCGCCUGCGCUACUCGCUCUCCAUUGGAAUGAUCGUACUACCCGCCGCUGUGUUCCUCUCUCUGCUGGUUUUCUCUCAAGCAGCAAACCCAUGCUGUUCAAAUCCCUGCCAAAACCGGGGGGUAUGCAUGACUGUUGGCCACGACCGCUAUGAAUGUGACUGCACAAGAACAGGCUUCUAUGGAGAAAACUGCACUAAACCGGAAUUCCUAUCGUGGUUGAGGCUGAAGCUGAAGCCAGCCCCCAACACAGUGCACUAUAUCCUGACACACUUCAAAGGACUAUGGAAUAUAGUGAACAAUAUUUCCUUCCUGAGGGAUGCCAUUAUGCGAUAUGUCCUGACAUCCCGAUCGCACCUGAUUGACAGCCCACCCACGUAUAACAGCCACUAUGGAUAUAAAAGCUGGGAGGCAUUCUCCAAUCUGUCCUAUUAUACUCGUACCUUGCCUCCUGUGGAACGUGACUGCCCUACCCCAAUGGGAGUUAAAGGAAUGAAAGAGCUUCCAAGUGCAAAGUUGGUAGUGGAGAAAUUCCUGAUGCGAAGAAAAUUUAUUCCUGACCCUCAAGGCUCCAAUGUUAUGUUUGCUUUUUUUGCUCAACACUUCACACACCAGUUCUUCAGAACAGAUAUGGCCAAAGGGGCUGCCUUCACCAAAGCAUUGGGCCAUGGGGUUGAUCUCAAUCAUAUCUAUGGUGAAAGCUUAGAAAGGCAACAUAAACUGCGUUUAAUGAAAGGUGGCAAACUGAAAUAUCAGAUGAUAAGUGGGGAAAUGUACCCACCAACAGUGAAAACCACAGGAGUGGAUAUGGUGUACCCACCUCACAUUCCAGAUCACCUUCAGUUUGCCGUUGGGCAAGAGGUUUUUGGCCUUGUUCCAGGGCUGAUGAUGUACUCCACCAUCUGGUUAAGGGAGCACAAUCGGGUUUGCGACAUACUUUCCAACGAGCAUCCAGAAUGGGACGAUGAGCGCAUUUUCCAAACUGCAAGACUUAUUUUGAUUGGUGAAACCAUCAAGAUUGUCAUAGAGGACUAUGUACAGCACCUCAGUGGAUACCACUUCAAACUCAAAUUUGACCCAGAGCUGUUGUUCAACCAGAAAUUCCAGUAUCAAAAUAGAAUUUCUGCAGAAUUCAACACCCUGUACCACUGGCACCCCCUUCUACCCGACACAUUUGCCAUCAGUGAAAAGGAAUACAGUUACCCACAGUUUCUCUACAACAAUUCUGUCAUGUUAAACCAUGGCCUCACCGAGAUGGUUGAAUCUUUCAGCAGGCAAACAGCUGGACGGGUUGCUGGAGGUAGGAAUUUUCCUGCUGCUAUAACCAGAGUAGCUGUGGCAUCCAUUGAGCACAGUAGAGAGAUGAGAUACCAGUCACUAAAUGAGUACCGGAAGCGUUUCAUGCUCAAACCCUUUGAGUCAUUCGAAGAGCUAACCGGAGAGAAGGAAAUGUCGGCUGAACUUGAGAAACUAUACGGUGAUAUUGAUGCCAUGGAAUUCUAUCCUGGACUUCUUGUGGAACAGCCACGCCCUGGAGCUAUCUUUGGAGAGACCAUGGUAGAGAUAGGAGCUCCAUUCUCUCUAAAAGGCCUGAUGGGCAACCCCAUUUGCUCUCCUGAAUAUUGGAAACCUAGUACCUUUGGUGGAAGCGUGGGUUUUGAUAUUGUAAAUUCCGCCUCUUUACAAAAGCUGAUCUGCAACAAUGUUAGAGACUGCCCUUACACUGCCUUUCAUGUGCUAAAAAGCAAGCCUUCAGAGAAGGAUUUCAUUAAUGCGAGUUCCGACUCAACACUGGAGAAUGUAAAGCCAUCUUUAAUACUGAAAGAGCAUGCGUCCGAACUUUAGUGUUUUUUCUUCUGAACCACUGUCACCCUUGUAGACACUAUAUGCAAUGCUGGUUGUCUUUCACAACCACAAAGUGGAAAAAAAAGACCAGCAGCAUGUAAAACUCCUGCGUAUACAUCUUUGUGUAGAUUUUUUUUCUUCUUUUUUUUAAAAUUGAAGGGGUUAAUUUAUUUAUUUAUUAUUUAUAAUUUUAUUUUUAACUGUCAUGUCCAGUGCUGCCUCAGAAUGUUUUUUGGUUGUCAUUAUAUAUUAAUAUAUAAUAAUAAUAUUAUUAUAUAUUAAUGAAUAAAUAAAUGUAUGUUUCACAUACAGCUAUUUGCACCAGAGUAUCUUUAGAUCAUUUCUGUGUAUACUUGAAUUUAUUAGAUAAAUGAAACUCACAAAAUCGAGUCUUAAAACAAUAUUCAGUUGUCUUCCAAAAUAUAUUGCCGGUAUAGUGUGUUGUUUUUAUAUUAGUUCUUUCAAAUAUCUUGAAACCCUUACUUGAAAUGUAAUUGCACUGGACAUCGGGCCAGUGAUAGGCCAAACCUGUCAGCUUGGGACAGACUGGUAGAGCCAUUUUAUUCCUUGACAUUAAAGGAACAGUAACGCCACACCAAAAUGUUUUUUUAAAUAAAUAAAUAAAUAUAAUUUACUGUUGCCCUGCAUGGGUAAAAGUUAGCUUUAUAAACACUAAUAUAGUCUAGUUUAGGCUACUAUAGCCAUGGGGGCAGCCAUUUAAGAUGGAGAAAUGGAGUAAAGGCACAGGUUACAUAAGGGAUAUGCUUUGUAGAAUACAAUGGUGCUUUACAGAGCUUAUCAGUUAUCUUCUAUGUAUCCUGUAAAGUGUAGCUCUAUUUCAGUUUCAAUACUUCAAUACCCCUUGGCUACACAGCAGCUUGGUUUAUAUAAACUAUAGUAGUGUUUCUGGAGCAAACACACAACUUUUACCAGUGCAGGGCAACAGUACAUUAUAUCAUAUUAUAUAUUACUUUCAAACAUUUUCACUGUCAUUUUUUGGUACUACUGUUCCUUUAAAGUUAGCUGUUUAAUAAGAUUGAUUUACCAUGCUGCUACUUUUCUUGAUGAUAUUUAAGGAAAUAUAAUAUUGUAUAUAUUAAUAUUAUUUAUAAAACUCUGUUUUUAUAGAAUUGUCACUAUUGUAAAAUUACCUUUUGUAUGGUCGGAGCAGUCUAAAAAAAGUUUUAUGUCUGUGGUCAACAUUCCACUGUUACUGCCAGAGGUUGUGUUCCAGAAUGUAAUUUAUGCUUGAGAUAAUGGAUGUCAUGUAUUUAUUUAAAUUUAAAUAUUCUUUUAUAAAGAUAUUUUUUUCUUUGUAAUAAACAGAUUUAGCACAGAGCAGGUUCUCUGGGUUAUUGAAAAGAAGUGCUGGGUAAUUAGGCUCAUUUACAAUCCACCAUUUUUUUAGUUCGAAUUUCAGUGUCAUCUGCAGCGUUCACUGUUGUGUCAAUAUGUAGACAUCAGAGCAUGCCAAAUGGGCUCACUAGCCCCUGCAGAAGACCCCUCUGAAUGGCAUCAGUGUAUUCUCAGUUUUGCAUCCAUUUGUGCACUUAGCAAUUUGUGCUCGUGUUUGUAAAUGAGCCUUCUAGUGUGAGAAUCUGACAGAAUACAUAAUUCAACUUUCUUUUUCGUAUUCGUUUUUCGUACAGUUAUGUAGAAUAGCAAUAACACUAGCAAGUCGGGUCAUUUUUUUUUUACGCAGACUAGAAGCCUAUGCAAUGCGACCCAGGGCAUUAUAGAUUUCUAUAUGGUUUUUUUUUUUUUCAAAUCUAAUUUUGGUGAAUAAAAGAAAUGGCAAGUCUGUAAUUUGUUAAAGUUUUAUAUUUUGUUGUGACUUCAGCUGUUAUUGUAUGAUCAUGUCACCAUCAGGAAUUUCUCGUUGUUUUUUACUGAACAAAAAAAAAAACAUAUUUUUACAAAUAAAAAUAUUUGGCAAAGA